CGCGAUACUUUUUUGUACGAACUCAACUACAGUUCUGAUCGCGGGCACAAUGCUGUCGCUACCACUGAUUGCUCCGCGGGCGGACGCCAGCCUCUGGCCGUCGCACCGCGACACCAAUCCCUUCCCCUCAGAUGAGCCCUCCACCUCCACUCCCAACGCCCCAGCACAUCAACACGCGCAACAGCGGCGCCCCACACACCAAACAUCGGCCCUCCUCGCAACUCUCACUCAAGAUGAGAAUACACUCGAGCAGCGCAAGGCUAACGUGCAGCGCUUUGGCGCCGGCUGGAUUCGCCCACCUGGUGUCGCCAAAACACUGCAAGCGAUCACAGACGAAGAGAUGGAGAAAGCGGAGCAGGAAGCCAUGUCGCGCCGCGAGCAGGUUAUGAUGGAUCUUGCUGCGGCGCAACAGGAGGCUGCCAAUGCAGAAGAGAGACAAGAGCGUGAGGAAAUGGAAGGCGACGGCGAGAUGGGGGAAGAGCGGGAUCUAGACGACGAUGUACCCGAAGCAGAAGCAAGUGCUAGCGAGCUAUCCGCGAGCGAUGUCUCAAGUGACGAGGAAGGAAGUGUGUCCGACACUGAGGAUGGCGCGCGAGAACAGGAAAGCAUACCGUUCAACGAAGACUCAUUCAUCGAAGGAAGCAUGGUCGAGGCAGAAGUCAGCGCCAUGCUGGAGCAAGAAGAGGCAGAGAUGGCAGGCGUGCUGCAGGAUGAGCGAGACCUCGACGACGACAUACCCGAGGCGGGGAGCUAUGAGCACACCGACUCUGAAAUGGAGGACUCGAGCGACGACGAUGCGGCAAGCCGACCGCCAGGCAUGAGCUCUGUAAGGACAACACGCUCGAUGAGGCGCUCCUCCGGCUUCCAAAGUGUGCGGCGCAGCACUGGUCGACGCAGCACUGGGCGGCGUAGCUCGGGCCUUCCAGUUACAGCAGCACCAAGCGUCAGUCAGAACUCGAGGAGCAUCAACUUCAACCAGAGCAUUGGCCGUGGCAUCGAUCUCAGUGCAAGUAUCGGUAACGGGCGCAGCAGCUUUGGCAUCGACGGGAGUAGCUCCAUCCUUGAAGGCAGCUCGUUUCUCAGGAGCUCACCAGCUGCGCAGAGGACGAACCUCAGAGACCAGUUCCUUAGGGCUGCUAGAGGCAGCCGCAGAGGCUGGCAAGAACGCACAGAGUGACGUGCAACGAUUGACGAAAUUAUGAAUGCAUUGUAGAACUACCGGAAGCAUGUAGUACCCAGGAGCCAUCCAAUAUACCCAGCCUCCUACCCCAUACCUAGAAAGAAAUAUAGAAAGACUACCGAGC